UUACUUGAACGCCUGAAAGUAGGACAGAUCGGUCUGUCGCUUCCGAUUGGCUGUGGAGAGAAGGCGGGCGCUAACUUGCAUAAAGGCUUGGCGCUACGGCCAGCAUCGCCUAAAGUGGAAUUGAGGGCUUAGGGUUUCCGCACUCUCACCACCGAUCUCCGAGUAAGCGAGAAAACCCACAGCUCUUCGUGAAGCAUCUUGAACUCCAACCUUUAACGACGACAACGACCAGCAACUUGUCGACAAAAUGGCGUCUCGCCCUACCGUCACCAUCGCCACGGCGGAUGGCAAGCCCAGCGGAGCGACUAUUCCUCUGCCCGCCGUUUUCGAGUCGCCAAUCCGUCCCGACAUUGUCCAGAAGGUUCACACCGGUAUCGCGAAGAACAAGCGCCAGCCCUAUGCUGUGAGCGAGAAGGCUGGUGAACAGACUUCUGCUGAGUCCUGGGGUACCGGUCGUGCUGUCGCCCGUAUCCCCCGUGUCUCUGGUGGCGGUACGCACCGUGCUGGUCAGGCUGCUUUCGGUAACCAGUGCCGUUCUGGUCGUAUGUUCGCCCCGACCAAGGUCUGGAGAAAGUGGCACCAGAAGAUCAACCUUGGCCAGAAGCGCUUCGCUACCGCUUCCGCCCUGGCUGCUUCUUCCGUUCCUUCCCUCCUGUUCGCCCGUGGUCACCGCAUCGCUAGCGUUCCUGAGGUCCCCCUGGUUGUCGACUCCAAGACCUUCGAGGGUGCUGCCCUGACCAAGACCAAGGCCGCUGUCUCUCUCCUGAAGGCUGUUGGUGCUGGUCCUGACCUUGUCAAGGUCCAGAAGUCCAAGAAGAUCCGUGCCGGUAAGGGUAAGCUCCGUGGCCGUCGUCACCGCCAGCGCCGUGGUCCUCUGGUUGUCUACAACCCCGAGGUCGAUGGCAAGGAGCUCGUCAAGGCUUUCCGCAACAUCCCCGGUGUUGAGACCUCCCCCGUCUUCUCUCUCAACCUCCUCCAGCUCGCCCCCGGUGGUCACCUUGGCCGCUUCAUCGUCUGGACUUCCUCUGCCUUCGCCGCUCUGGACGAGGUCUACGGCACUACCACUACUCCCUCUGCCCUGAAGAAGGACUUCAUCCUGCCUUCCAACCUUGUCGCUAACGCCGACAUUGCCCGUCUGAUCAACUCCUCCGAAAUCCAGUCCGUCCUUCGUGAGCCCAAGGGCGAGGCCCGUACCAAGAGGACCAACGUGCAGAAGAAGAACCCUCUCAGGAACAAGCAGGUCAUGCUGAGACUCAACCCCUACGCUGCUGCUUUCUCCAAGGAGAAGCUCGGCCAGAAGGGUGUUGAGAGCGGCAAGCCUGAGCGUGCCGGCGAGACCUUCCAGAAGAUCCUGGCUGAGGAGUAAAUUGGAGGUCAAAAACUGGUUAUUUUCUGAGGGUUCUUGAUAUGAGUUUUAUUUCUCUUCGGUUAAAAAUGGUAGUCACAGCUGAAUGAAUCAACGCUUGUGCAAUACCCGUGAAA